AUGGCUAUCCAGCCUGAUCCACCUUCGGAGACCUCUUUUGAAGGAUUCAACUUGAAUGGUCAUACGUUUGAGGUGACCGAAAAUCUCUGGUUGGCGAUGCGCCGGCUGCGCAAGUCCACUGAGCCGCGGGUGUUUUGGAUAGAUGCCAUCUGCAUCAACCAAAGCAACAACGAUGAGAAGUCCAGCCAGGUUUCAUUCAUGGGUGAGAUCUACCAAGGGUCGCAGGAAACAACACUCUGGCUUGGAGAAGACCCUUACACUGUGGAGGUGGGCUCCAAGUCUGCUGCUGGUCACCGAUUAGCCGAAUUGUUCGAGAUCCUCCUCAGCGACAAGCACAUGUCGGAACUGCCUUGCUUCAUCGAGGAUGGCACACGGACCGACGUGUCAGAAGACUACCUACAACACUUCGACGAUCUUGCGAUGUUUCUUGACAAACCAUGGUGGAAGCGGAUCUGGGUUAUCCAGGAAAUGGUCCUGCCGCCAAAAAUCCGGUUUGUAUAUGGCUCUGAGCAGUUCUCUUACGAUACACUGCGAGCGGUCCUGGAAAUAUUCCGUGAGCAUGCUGCGCAUUGUUGUAAGAACUUUCGAUUGCGUCUUCGUGGGGCUGGUUUCGACCCGUUGAUGGUCAUUGAAGAACGAGUUUCACCUAUGGUAUAUGUUCGGGAACGAUGGAGGAACUCGGAUGAGAAAAUCACUCUGCUCCAACUGAGAAGAAUGUUUUCGGCGUCCCAGGCAUCUGUCUCUCGAGAUCUGUUCUAUGCCCUUCUAGGUAUCGUCAACAGUUGGGGCCUAGCGACGCCUCUUCAACCGGACUACAACAUCAGCUCAAGAGACGCCAUCAUUAAAGCCGUUUACGCCUGUAUGGUGGAAUCUGGCGGCGCCUCCUUCCUGCAAGGAGAAAGAAUCAGCGAGGACCGGUCGCCUGAUUUCCCGUCCUGGUUACCUGAUCUUCAUGUCCGCUCAACUCCAUCUAGACGGGUCUGGGGAGAACAGCAGCGCCUCAAGAUUGCCGAGAGGUUCUCCGCCACAGCAGGGUUGAAGCAGGAUACUACUCAAUUUUCUCUUGCUAGCGACGGUACCCUUCGUCUGCAAGCCCUGAAAGUGGAUAAAGUCAUUCGUGUUGGGGAUGCAACAGACCCACUUGAUGAAUUUGACAAGGUUCCUGAUGUAUUCCGGCAAUGGAUGGGAAUGAUCGGCAUGGGGGUUCAGGACUGGCCCGAGAGCCCCCCGACUAGAGGAUCGCAGCAGGACAGCUUCUGGCGAACAAUUUUAAACGACUCUAUUGAAGUUGAGCAGGGAGCAGGAUAUGUCCGACCGUCCGAUGGUGAUUACCAUCAAUUGCUGGACUUGUGGAAGAUGAUCACUGCGACCGUCUGGCCACUACUUGUGAGUAUGGCAAGAUCAUCAGUGGAGACGCGCAAAAGCGAUAGUGAGCCCUUCGAGAUGAUGAAUACCUUGCUUAACCUGGCACCGUCUAUUGCUUACCACGUAUUGGUUUGUCUCUGGGGGAGGCGAAUGAUUAUUACGGAAAAGGGAUUAAUUGGACUGGCCCCUAGGACUGUCCAGGAAGGAGAUGAGGUGCAUAUUCUGCUUGGCUCAGAAGUUCCGUUCAUUCUGCGACCAGGACACGUCAACGUCUAUUCUUCUGAGGUGGACCGCUACUCCACCCCGGUUUAUACAGUCAUCGGGAAUGGGUAUCUCCACGGGGUAAUGUGUGGCGAGGCCUUUGAAGGAGACGGGCAGAAUGAGAUCACAGUGAUUGCGCUUCAUUAG